AAAGUACAUCGUUUGGCUUCAUUAUUAAAUACUAAACAGACCGAGAAAUGAAGCAUGAGUAUAUAAAGAGAAUUAUCUCUACAACAUUAUCUGGUGUUGGGUAUCAUAUUGGUCGCUAUCCCCAACUAUACGUUGCGGUUACUUUAAUAUUAUCACUCGUUUUAGCAUCCGGAUUAUUGAAUAUUCCACUACAAAAGGAUGCAGAAUAUCUUUAUGUUCCAUCCAAUGCAAGAAGCUGGAUUGACAGAGCAGCUAUUGAAUCGAUUUUUCCAGCCAACAUGUCGCAAUGUGAUCACAGAAGAAUAUCAAGAUUCGAUGCAGCCGCAAUAGUAAUUGUUACUCCUAAAAACGGGAGAUCUGUAUUGGAGGAAUCAAUAAUCGAAGAUAUCAUCAAACUUGACGAAAUUGUACGAAAUGUCGCUAUCCUUUGGAACAAUUCAUUCCGACGUUACGAAGAUUUGUGUUGUAGGACAGAAAGGAAUAUUUGUAAUGAAAAUUUUGCUUUAACUUUGAAAGGAAAAACAAAUAACAUUAAAAAAGGAAAAUACAAAAUCAAAUAUCCAGCUGAUGUAACUCGAGGUCGAAUAAUACUAUCUGCUUUUGAAUUUGGAGAAGUGAAAGUAAAUGAAGAAAGUAUGAUUCGAGAUUCGAAUGCAAUUAGAUUGGUUUAUGUAAUGGAUCGCACCACGAAAGAGAAGAAACAAAUGGCACUAAAAUGGGAGCAAACGUGUUUAGAAAUAUUAUCGAGCAUUAACUUGAACAAUACAAAAAUUUCUAAAAUAUUAAGUCACUCUAUUAAUGACGAAAUUAACCGAAUUGGAGCAGAAGCUUUGCCUCUUGUGUUCAUUGUUGCUCCAAUUGUGAUGAUAUUUUCAGCAGUUUCAUCCUUCUCCACUGACAAUCUCAGUAGCAAAUCAUGGCUAGGUAUUGCUGGUUGCGUAUCACCAUUUUUAGCAACUGUUGCUGCAUUUGGUCUACUGUGUUACUGCAAAAUAAGUUAUAUUUCAUUAAACAUGACGAUCUUAUUCUUAACGUUAGGUAUAGGGAUAGAUGACGCAUUUAUAUUGAUAGCCGCGUGGAGAAGAACCGACGUCGACGAUUCCGUUCCAGAUAGAAUGAAAGACUCUUUUGCUGAAGCUGCAGUGUCCAUCACGAUUACGUCACUGACAAAUUUUCUUGCAUUUUGCGUAGGAUUUCUAACACCAUAUAAUUGUAUUCGUAUAUUCUGUACACAUGCUGCUCUUUCAAUAUUGUUCGACUAUAUUUUCCAGUUAUUCUUUUUCGGUGGACUCAUGGCGCUUGAUGGAUACAGAGAGAAAAAUAAGCUGCAUUCUAUCUUUUGCUGGCCGAGUGAGCAAAAUCCUUCGAAAAUAGAUAACCAAAAAGAAGUAAAUUUACAAGUGAAGAACAAAGAAAAUAUUUUUGUACUAUUCUUAAGUAAUGUUUUAGGUGAAAUACUUGGAAAAUCAAUUAGUAAAGCUAUAGUGAUCGUUGUAUUUGUGACUUAUCUAACCGGUGCAAUAUACAAUAUAAGAUAUAUUCAAGAAGGAGAGAAUAUAAUUGAACUUUUUCCUUAUUCUUCAUAUGCUCGUCAAUAUCUAAAUGCUGAAUAUAAGUAUUUUUCGAAUUAUAGUCAUCAAGUGCAAAUAGUCAUUAACCAGACAUUAGACUACUCAAAUAUCACUGUACAAAAUGACAUAGAAAAUCUUCUGCAAAGUUUCGAGUCUGCUCCAUUUAUAUCCGAUUCGUCCACCACAGAAAGUUGGCUGAGAGAAUUUCUGGCAUUUACUAAAUCUCCAGUUGCGAAGUUUUCGCUUUCUGGUUAUAAUCUGAGUGAUUCCGAAGACUUUGUGGGUGCAUUUAAAGACGUUUUCUUGAAAGUAAAAGUAGCGAACAGGUUAAGAAACGACGUUAUCUUUAAUGAAAAAGGUGAUAAAAUUACUGCAUCGAGAUUUCUCGUUUCAAGUUUUGAUGGGGAAUCUCGAAUUGACGAAAAAUAUUUCUUUCAAAAUGUAAGAAAAAUUGCCGAUAACAGCAAAUUUCCAAUUAUCGCCUACAAUUUUAGAUUUAUGUUUUAUGAACUUUCUUUAAAUAUUCUUUCAAACUGCAUAAAAAGUAUUUCUUGUGCUGCAGCGAUAGUAAUUUUAUUGUUUCUUUUAUUUACCCCAAACGUAUUGUUUCUUAUAUCUGUUGCCAUCACUAUUGUGUCUAUUCAAAUUGGUUUGAUUGGAUAUAUGUCUUUAUGGAAUGUAACUGUCAAUACUCCCGCAUUGGUAAUAUUAGUAGUGUGCACGGGAUUUUGUGUAGAUUAUACUGUUCACACAUCUUAUGCAUAUAUCAAUUGCAAAAACAAAAUAGCAAACGAAAAAAUCAAGAGUUGUUUGUAUCAUGCUGGAUAUCCAGUAAUACAGGCUUGUAUAUCUACUGUUUUAGGUGUUUCGGUUUUAUAUUUCGGCCCAUUAGAAACAUAUGUGUCUAUUUUUAAAAUUGUGACAUUAAUGGUUAUAUUUGCAGCAUUUCACAGUCUAUUUCUACUGCCUGUAAUUUUCAGUCUGUUAGAUUCAGUUUUGUAUUGUUUACGAAAUGAUAAAUCACAUAAGACUGAACACAAAGAAAAUGGCUUGUACGAAUUUGAUGUUUUAAAUGUAAAUGUUAACGGUAAGUCACCUAUUGAUGAACCCCGAGUUUAAACACUCGGAGUUACUCGAUAAGUGACUUACCUUUGAUAUUCCUACAAAGAAAUAAUUUUUAAAACUAGAAAAUAUUUUGUAUAUUAUUUUUUCGCUAAUCUAUGAUUACGAUUUUUCUAUGAUAGAAAGAUCAUUUAUGUCUGUCAUUUCUAAACAUAAUCAAAACAUAUAUUAUACUGUAGGCCUAUGGUUCUCAACUGGGUGUACAUGUACCCCCAGGAGUACGAGCAUAAAUCGAAGGGGCACAUCUAAUUUUCAUUAUAAAAUGACAUAUGUUAAUCAAUUUGCUGUUUAAAUUAUUAACACAAGAAACAAGAAACGACAAAAACCUGCUUUAAAAUAUCCCAGUGUGAACACCGAUUUUCCUGUUAACAGUCUAAACAACGUGUUUAUCCACUUGAUUUGCCUGUCUAUUUAUGCCGUUAGUGCCGAGAGAACCUGUAGUGUAGUAAAAUUACGGUUUAACCGAGCAUUAUUGCUUGAUAAGAUUGGGGCUUUUUGUGUUUUUACUGGAUUACUGGUAUUAGGAAUAAGAAGGCCUGGAUCGUACCAACACCAUGCAAUGCGUGUCACUACAUGCGCGCACUUUUAGUUAUAGUUAGAGUUUUUUUUAUGGCGCUCAGUUAUAAGGACUGCAUGCAGCUAAUGCAGUAAUUAUAAAAUUUACAUACAAAAAUAUAAGGGGUGCUUGAGAAACAACAAAUGGGCUAAUAGGGUACAUCAACAAAAAAGGUUGAGAACCGCUGCUGUAGGCUAUGGUAUGGAAUACGUACAUCAGUAAAAUGAUGCUGAAAAACACAUCCGUUGUAGUGUUAUGUAGUGUAAAAAUUCUCACUUUCAUUGUUAACAAGCUAUAGUCUGCGCAGCGAAUGAAUAAACACGUGUCAGCCUGAAGUGGAAGGGUCUACGUCAUAUUAAAUGGAUAUAAAUAGUGGUGUGAUUGACGGGUAAUACAUUUAAAAAAAACUGUAAAAUCUUAAAAGUACUGUACUUAUGAUUAAGAUGGUAUGAUAUUGAUUUAAAAAUGUGAAAUACAAAAUAAGUGAAAGAUAUCAGAUUCGUGUCUUAACUUCCAACGCUUGCCGGUGUGUUUUUCCAUCUCUUUCAUGUAACGUUGACCAAGUUGGAGUUGAUUCACCUUUACUCUUUCGCUGCACAUAGUAUAAUGACGUGUCUCUACUGGACUGUUGUGUAAUUCGCAUACCGUACACACAAAGCUUUGUAUUAUUUUAUAUGUAUCUCAUCAAAAUAUUUGUAUUAUAUAAGCAUUUUACAGAAAUUGUGGAAAAUUGUCUUUUAUAUUAUUAUAUAGAUGCCUCAAUAAAUUUUA